AUGGUGCUUGAGGGCUGGCCAGAGGUCCAAGUCUCGCAGGCCAGUCUGCUCCGUCUGUACCACCGGUUUCGGGCACUGGACAGGAACAAGAAGGGCUACCUGAGCCGCAUGGAUCUGCAGCAGAUUGGGGCUCUGGCCGUGAACCCUCUGGGAGAACGCAUUAUAGACAGCUUCUUCCCUGAUGGGAGUCUGCGACUGGAUUUCCCAGGUUUCGUCAGAGUCCUGGCUCAUUUUCGACCCGUCGAUGAUGAGGACCCAGGAAUGCGAGACCCCGACGACCCUGAACCCCUCAACAGCAGAAUGAACAAACUUCGCUUCGCAUUUCAGCUCUAUGAUCAGGACCGGGACGGCAAGAUCUCCAGGCACGAGAUGCUACAGGUCCUCCGGCUGAUGGUUGGGGUGCAGGUGACAGAAGAGCAGUUGGAGAGCAUCGCCGACCGCACGGUGCAGGAAGCAGAUGAAGAUGGAGAUGGGGCCGUGUCCUUCCUGGAGUUCACCAAGACCUUGGAGAAGAUGGAUGUUGAGCAGAAAAUGAGCAUCCGGAUCCUGAAGUGACGCCCUUUGUGCCUUUGGCUGGCUUACACAGACCAGGUUGGCCUGGGAUUUCUCUUCAGCCCCUGCAGAGUCAGGGCCCCAGUAAACUGUAUUCUUGUGUCUAAGCUAAACUCUAUUUACGCCAAGGAAAGAAAGCUAGAAGGGUGUGUACUGAAUAAACUCUAGCUCAUUUGA